CACUUUUCUUGCCGGAAUUUCGCAACCCGAGUCUGUUUCGCGGUUGCUAGCGUCGAACUUCCUGAUCAGUCCGUGACGGUGCGCGAGCUUGAGCAGAUCAGAGUGCUUCGGGGUGGCUCACAGAGGGAUAGGUGACUUCUUCGAGUUGUGGUGUCGGCUGUGAUUGAAAGUGAAAACACAAAAAGCGUUACCACGAUGAGUAAUUAUGUGGAAAGAAUUUCGGUGCAGUAUCGCAAUUUCUCCAAGGGCGCAGAUCCUGUUAUCGAUGCCUGGCCACUGAUGCAAACACCGACACCGAUCCUCACCAUCACAGGGCUGUACCUUCUGUUCGUCCUGUGGAUUGGACCACGCUGGAUGGAACGCCGGAAACCGUUCGAGAUGAAGUACACACUGAUCGUGUACAAUGCUUCGCAAGUGGUGAUAUCGACCGCGUUCUGUCUGGCACCCUUCUUUACCGGCCUCUUUGCACAGUACAUGUCGAUGUCCUGCGGUGAACCGAUGACUGGCGUUAGCAAAGAGCUCCAGCUGACGGUCUGGACCGGUGCCUGGGUGUACUUGAUGCUGAAAAUCUUCGAACUCCUCGACACCGUGUUCUUCGUGCUGCGCAAGAAACAGAACCAGGUCUCGUUUCUGCACGUGUACCAUCACACGAUAAUGGUACUGUUCACGUGGUUCUAUCUGAAGUACAUUCCCGGAACACAGGCAGCGUUUAUUGGCGUGCUGAACUCGUUCGUGCACAUUUUCAUGUACACGUACUACCUGCUGGCGGCACUCGGACCGCAGACCCCGCUCGAGAAGCGUCUCUGGGACCAGAAGUACCUGUUCUGGAAGCGCUAUCUAACGACGCUACAGCUGCUGCAGUUCGGCAUUAUGCUGUGCUAUUUCGUGCUCAUCAACAGCAUGCAGUGUCAGGUGCCGCGCGCAUUAACGUACUUCUUCGUCAGCAACAUUACCAUCUUCCUGUUUCUGUUUAUCAAUUUCUACCGGAAGGCGUAUCAGAAGCGGCCGGUUGGCGCGAAGGUGGAUUAAGCGUCGUAUUUUAGUUAAUAAACAAUUAGAGACGUUAAUACUUUAAUAACUAAGUCAGUAAUUCAAAUAAGAUGCUACCUUAAAUUGCCUAAACACUCCAAAAAAAGCUGGUUCAACGUCAGCAGCCGGGAUGCUGUCAUACGUGUGUGACCGCUUCUGUUGACGGCAUCAUCCGUUCCCGAAAUAAAACCAAUACGCUAAACCGGUUC